AGAAGUUAGACCACGUGAUCAAUAUUGACGGAAGUGAUGCCUCGCCCUGAAGUCAGUCUGUCAUCUCUGUUGUAUCGUGUGUAACAUUUAUUUAUCCCUAAAGACAGACGUCUCUGUAUCACUCAACAGACAGAUAGAAGUCAGCUCAGCUCUCACUCAGCUCCAGAUGAACUGUGUUUACCUGAUAGAUGGUUAAAGGUAAAGGUAGCAGUGAACAGCUGGUGUUAGCUAGCACAGCUAACUAGCUUGAAAUCGCCUUUCAGCUGCUCUCCUGUUGGACAUUCAUGGUUGUCUCGUUGUCAGUCCGGGUGUGUUUGAAGGUUGAAGGUCGAGUGAAGUCAGACGGGGUUUUAUUUAUCAGGUAUUUGAGGGUCUGUGUUUCUGGAAACGUUGACUAAAGCUUGCUAGCUAAUCGUUAUCAGCAUGGGAGCCGAGCAGAGCGGAGACGCGGAGCACAAACACUCCGACUACAGCUCAUCUGUGGUGCCCUCCCCAGCAAAGCAGAAAGCAAAGAUGGAUGAUAUCGUCGUCGUGGCUCAGGGGACACAGUCAAUGCGAAAUAUCCACAACGACCCAGAUGUCAUCAAGCUUCAGGAGAUACCCACUUUUCAGCCACUUUUAAAAGGUGACUUUUUAGGUCUUCCAGCUGCUGACAUGAAUUAUAGCGUCGCCUUUCAGCCACUUUUAAAAGGAGUGCUAAGUGGCCAGACGUCACCCAGCAGUGUGUGUCUGGAAAGGCUGGAUACUGCUCAGGUUCUGCAGCUCUGCGUCCGCUACCAGGACCACCUGCACCAGUGUGCCGAGGCCGUGGCCUUCGACCAGAACGCCCUGGUCAAGAGGAUCAAAGAGAUGGACUUGUCAGUGGAAACCUUGUUCAGCAUAAUGCAGGAGCGCCAGAAACGCUACGCCAAGUACGCCGAGCAGAUCCAGAAGGUCAACGAGAUGUCCAUGAUCCUGAGACGCAUCCAGAUGGGCAUCGACCAGACGGUGCCGCUGAUGGAGCGCCUCAACAACAUGCUGCCGGAGAGCGAGCGCCUGGAGCCCUUCAGCAUGAGGCCUGAUGGGGAUUCUGCCACCAAGUAGCCUCCUUAAAGCCGACACAGCUGCUUCUUACCUGAGUCUCCAUCCAGUCCUGUGGCCAGGAAGUGCAGAUCUGUCCAGCUGUAGGGAUUACCCAUUAAAGUUUUUUUUGUUUUCAUAGUAGAGAGCUACGGUUUAAAUGGGUGUGACGGGUCAGGUCAGUUCUUUUAAGCCAAGUUCACACUACACAACUUUCAAAGUCGUUAGAUCGCUGUACUGUUGACACUGCACAACUUGCUGUCUUGUAAUGGUGAAUCUUCAAGUCGUUAUGGUUUUCACACUACAUGACUGACCGAUGACAGGGCGGGGUAACACACUACAAGAUCUUUCACCAGGAGGAAUCCCUGAUGAGUAUGUCUGUCACAAAAAGACACGCAAGGGCGUAUAUGCUUGUUGAUGUUGUUGGCAAACAUGUUCACAAAAUAGCCUGUGUCUACUCUUCUAUACUAUUUCCCCUAUGUAGAUCAGUCACUGUGUUAUGUUUAUUCAUGCAACCACCCAACACCCUAGGUGCAGCAACAACUUUGGUCCGCGUUUGAAAUGCAACACAUACAGUAAAGUUCCAAUUGUUACAGGUGACCCCUCCGCCAGGUUUCCCCUCAACCCGUGUCUCGUGCUCUCAUUGGCUGUAGCUCCCAAACAAAUUCCCUGUCCAAAUCCGGACAUUUAGCAUGCUAGAUAUCUGGAGUUUGGCGUCUGAAAUGCAUCGGCAAUCCUCUCGGCAUCGCGUCUUUGAACAGCUUAUACAUAACACUCGAAUGCCAAUGUGGGAGCGCCAAAAACUGUCAGCAAGUUGUGUCGUGUGAACUAGGCAUUACUUAAUGUAGGAAGUUUUGCUGAACACACAUGCUCUUAAUCAGCAAAAUCAUACUUUCUAUAGCAUCUUUACUCAGCGCACACACACACGUUCAUACCUAACCACAACCUUCUGCUACUGCUCUACUGGAGCAGAUGCCAACUUAUGAAGUGCUGCGAUCAAAUGUGCCCCAACUGCAGAGGGCUUGGAGAUUAUUACUUAUCCCCCUCCUGCAGGGAAUCAAACUGGCAACCUUCCAGGCACACGCUUUCCUUACUAAUCUAAAGUCAGGGGAGGAACAAACACUUUUGAUUGAGUCAGAAUGAACUCCAUAUGCUCAAAAACUUGUACUGCAGACGCCUAGCAGGUUUUAGAGACUUAAAUGGGAAUGAGCGACAUAGAAGUAUCUCACAAGUUUUUCCUGCUGCUUUGGAGAUUUGCGCAAAACUUCAGAGCCGCUCAAGAAUUUGCAGAGAAAUGAUUUUGGAUCUUGGACUUCACAUUACAAAUAUUUGUCGUUUGUGAUCUUGAGAUUCAUCGCCAUAUACCUCGCUCACUGUUUGGAGAUCCCUUCUAUGAAAUGUUUGCCUGCAGACUGACUGCUUUUAAUCUUCUGAACGAUAUCGGUGCAUCAUUUUUGAAUAUUAUGAUGAAGAGACUCACGGAGAAAACGAAGAUGGAUUAUUACCAUUGGAUUACACACGGAGCAUUGAUCUACUGUACACUGGAUGUAAAAUAAGAAACACCUUUUUGGACAGAAGAUCGUUUCAAUAUUCUCAUGAACUUCAGUUUUGCGAUGAGAGAACUUUAAUUUAUUUGGAUAUUUUUGCUAUUUGCAUGCAAAACAGAGAAGAAAGUGACACAAAGGACCGAACAGAGACCCUGACGCUUCAGUUUUACAGCACAUUGGUACAGAAGAUGGAGGAAAUUUCAGCAUUAAUUUUUUAUGUUCGUUAGCUUUGUCAUCGUCACAAAUGCCAAAGAUUCGCAAGUCCUCAAAGAUGUUUAAUAAUAAGUGGCACUUUAGAAACAGUCUGUCAUAUUUGUGUUCUUUUUGAGGAAAGUGAUCAAAAUAACUUCACCGUUUCAUCUGUCGAAUAUUUAUUUCUGUAUCACAAGUCAUGCUUGUUAGGCUUAAAGGGUCAGUUCACCCAAAUAUAUAUAUAUAUAAAAAAACAUCUCCUCUCUUACCUCUAGAGGUAUCUAUCUAUGCAGAUAGUUUUGGUUAUAAUUGACCAGGUCUUGUCCAAGAUUUCUGCCACCAUCACAAUUCAAUGGAGUUGAAAGUUUAAAGUAUGUUAGACUAUUUUUUAGGCAGAAAAGAAACCAGGACAUUGUUUAUGAAAGACAUGUUACUGAUUUGUUAAUAUUUUUAAUGCUGAGAGCAUCACCAACGAAAUUUAAUUCACCUUUGUUGUAUUGGAUGGCAGCAGAAAUCUAAAGACCUGGGCAAAUAAAAUCAAAGCAAUUUACUUAUCUAAAUACCUCUAGAUUUUUUUUUUUCUAUUAAUUUGGGUGAACAAACAAAAACUAAUAAUUGGUCAGUUUGGCAAUAAAAAAAUAAGACGCUUAAAAAAAGAGAAAAAUGGUGUUAUUAUUGCUGCAGUGUUUUAAGUAUGGGCUUGUGUAAAUUCACUAGGUGGUGGCAGAGAUAACUCAACACAGUCUGUGGUUUUCUGACAUAUAUAUUAUGAGGUUAAAAGUCCCAAGCUAGAUGAUUCACUGAGUUUGUAAGAACUUGAGUAUCAUGCUGAAGGACACUUGGACUCACACACUGACGAUAAGAUAUAAAACAGUUUAAUCCCCUAUCGGGCCGACCUGGUUUUAUUUCUAUUCAGCAUUCUCUUCAUCCAGAGCUAGUGCUAUACCUUGUGCCAACAUGUUUAUUUCUGCAGAUAAUCUGUAUCAUAGCAACCAGAUGCAAAUAAAGUGUCUCAGCUGAAAAAAA